AUGUCUACACGAGGGAAUAAAGGACAGAUUAGGAAUAAGGGCGCCGGUAGAGACAUAACAGUUCAUUUAGCACCUACCGUUGUAGCAUCCUCUGUUGGUAAAGAAGUUGCACACGAGAUUGUGAAAGCGGUGCAAGAUGCUCUAGCUCGUAAUGAGGGUAUCAACAGGCGUACCCUUAAGCUUUCUAAAGAGUUUCUUCGCUCCAAUCUACCAGAGUUUUUGGGGAAGGCUAAACCACUAGAGGCGGAUGAUUGUGUUUACACAGGUGACAGAUAUUUGAAACUGUGGAUCAUACCCAAAUUAGAAGUCAUGUUUACCCCCCGAACAAGAGAAGACAAAUGCCUCAUCUUAGCCAAUGACAGGUUGUGGGAUGUAAUGACAAACAAUGAAGCAUGUGAAGCAGCUAGAAGACGCAUUUUGCUAUGGCAUAAAAAGAACGACGGUGUUCCUCUUGUGGGGCGGGGCCAUGGAAUCGACCCUACAGCUCAAGCAGCAGCAAAGUACCUUUUGAUUCUCGCUCUCCAAAAAGGAAGCAAAGACAAUAUCUCCAUGAUUGUUAUUGACCUAAAAGCUCAGAGAAAAUUCAAGAGCAAAUCAUGA